UGUACAGCACAGAGAUACAGACAUGACACCUACAAUCAUCUCAAAGGAGCAUCUCCCUCUCAACAACAAGAUGAGAAAGCCGACAGUGGAGAAGAUGCGCAGAGAACGUAUCAACAGCAGCAUUGAGCAGCUCAAGUGUCUUCUGGCUCCAGAGUUCCUCAAGCAGCAGCCUGAUUCCCAGCUGGAAUAUCCAGAUAUCCUGGAGAUGAAGACACAGAGAAGACACUUGCAGAACCUGCAGACAUCAUGUGAGCAGAACAGGAGGAAAAGUGUCCUGCCUCAGCUGAACUCCUCAGACCAGAACACCUUCAGUAAAGAGAUGAAUGUCAACAAGAGCGCCGUCUGGAGGCCUUGUUAGAGCCCUACAUGAACUGAUCAUAGACAAAACAAUUCUGUUUCUUGUUCUAGUUCCUCUAUGGAAAAGAUAUUUGUACUGUAAAGUACUCUGAUGAUUCAGUCUUCUAUGAAGUCUCCAUGUAAAGAAUUCCAGAUGGGAAAAUAUACUGAUGUCUAUAUUAGACAACAUUACCUUUUAUAAGAAGCUUGAUUUUCCAUUGUUUCUAACAUACUGAAGUUUUAUUCUAAAAGCUGAUUCAGAGGCAAUUUGCACAUCAAAUGUGAUAUGAGAUGUUUUCAUUUCGGAUAUUCAUGUCAUGGCAAGAAUCUGACUCAUUAUAAACUCUGUGCUGUUUAUUUCAAGUGGCUCAAAUUGGGCUCAAAUUUUACCACCACUGA